AUGGCAAUCAAAGUGCAGCUGGUUCUGUUCUGCAUCGUCUUCGUAGCCCUCUUGGCUCUUACUGAAUGCAAGGAAAGCAAUGGUGUUGAGAAUAUAAUGGCGAACAAUGAUAUAAGGGGACGCAAACUAACAUUUUGCAUUCAAGCCGGUAAGAGCGGACCACCAGGGUCGGAUUGGUGGUGUUGCGCCUUCCACCGUGACGUGUGCUGGAAGACUCAUGAAGCAUGUGACCAAGGUUGCCACCCCUAG